CUAUCAAAACAGUCGCUGUAAAACCUUGCUCAGGACUGGUUUUAUUACGCUUUGCUAACGUGGUACAGCUUUGGCGUUUUUAUUUUUGUUGUAUUUUUUUCACUUAGCUCAAUUUGCUACUCUAAAUAAAGAAAGGACUUCUGCUGCUAGCGAGAGGCUUAAAACAAUUAGCAGACAAAGUCCAGCGUUGCUCGGAUAGCAUAUGAACAAGAAACACUGACACAUGUGAACAGUGUCCAGCACUAAAAGCAAACUAUUAGAUAGUUUGUUGUCAGUAUCUGAAGGUGGUCAGCGGUCACACUGUUUGCCAGCGACUCCAGGACCAGUGGACACAGGACGGUAUGUUUCCCUUAGACUCUCCGUGGAACAUCUCCUUCGCAGGUUGCGGCUUCCUCGGUAUUUACCACAUCGGAGUGGCGAGCUGUCUGCUGGAUCAGGCGCCUUUUCUGGUCAAACAUGCCCGACACAUAUAUGGAGCAUCAGCAGGAGCUCUCACCGCCACAGCUCUGGUCUCUGAAGUAUGUCUUGGAGAGACUGGUGCAAACAUCAUCCAGGUUGCCAAAGAGGCGAGGAAGCGAUUCCUCGGACCCAUGCAUCCCUCCUUCAACCUGGUGAAGAUCGUACGUCACAUGCUGUGGCGCACUCUGCCGACUGACUGCCACCACCGGGCCAACGGGCGACUGGGAAUCUCUCUCACAAGAGUUACAGACGGUGAAAAUGUCCUGGUGUCCCACUUUAACACCAAGGAGGAGCUGGUGCAGGCGUGUAUCUGCAGCGCCUACAUCCCAGUCUACUGUGGCCUCAUUCCUCCUACACUGCAAGGAGUGCGAUAUGUUGACGGAGGAAUCUCGGACAACUUGCCUCAGUAUGAGCUAAAAAACACCAUCACUGUGUCCCCGUUCUCUGGAGAAAGCGACAUCUGCCCCCGGGACACCUCAACCAACAUCCACGAGCUGCGUUUCACCAACACAAGCAUCCAGUUUACCCUCACCAACCUCUACAGAGUUUCCAGGGCGCUUUUUCCUCCAGAUCCCAUGGUUAUGAAGGCCAUGUGUAAACAGGGAUAUAAAGAUGCUCUACACUUUUUAAAGAAGAAUGGACUGUUUAAUGUCGACGGACCCUACAGAGACAGACCCCUGCUUGUUAAUGAAGAAGAAAAUGAGGAUUUUGAUGAAGAUGAAGAUGAAGAUGAUACUAAAAGUGAAGAGGAAGACAAGCCAGACGUAGAAGCGAAAACAGUGAUGUUUCUUGUCAAGUCCUCACCAGAGGAGCACAUCAUCGAAUGCCUCCCACCUAAAGUGCACAAAGCUCUGGUCGAGGCCUGCAUGGAGAGGAGGAGUCUGGCGCAGUCGCUAGGCAACCUGCUUCCUGUCAGGAUGGCCUCAGCCAUGAUGCUCCCCUACACUCUGCCUCUGGAGUCUGCCAUGUUCUUGACUCUCAGACUUCUGGAGUGGCUGCCAGAUGUGCAGGAAGACGUGGGGUGGAUUCGAGAGCAGAUCAUGAAAAUCCUGCAGCGUGCUCUUCGCCAGACCUCCAGAAGUAUUUCUCGGAGUGUAUCUGCCAGGUUGUUCUGUCAGCUGGAGCUGCACCAAUGCCAGGCCCUCCCAUCCCACUUCAGCUCCACUAGCCUGUUUCCCACCUGGGUGAACGGAAGCGGUUCUCCAGUCCAGGAUGUCUUCGUACGUCUCGACCACUACAAGAAGCAGCUGCUGGCUGGAGUCCUCUGUAUCGACAUGGACCUGCAGGGCUCCUUUAAAACUGGAGUUAUGUCACCAGACAACAGCCCUCCACCUAGUCUCUCGCAAGAAGGCCUCAUGAUGCGCAGUCUUCAUAUUCCACAAGAUUCCAAUUCUGGAAAAACUCAGACUGUCACCUAAGAGCUUCUAAUAGGCUUCUGUUGCUGCAGCACUGAGGUUCAAACAUGCUUAUCGCAGGGCCAAAACAUAUUUAAAGAAUUUAAAUCAGAUUUGAAUAUCUGUUUUCUGUUUUGUGACCUAAUUGGCUCCCUUCUGUAGUGGUUGAAAAUGGUAAUACAUUACCAUAGUUACACUUACUAUGUAUUAAGUUGUUCUGGAUCAACGCAUGACCCUAAAAUAACUGUUUAGCUACAGUAGUCAUGCAAGCCUGCAGACAUACUCUAUGUCAGUAAGUGUAUUCAGACUUAGCACAAAUGCUCAGUCAUGUACAAACCUGAAUUACAGGAUGGUACAAACAAAAAUGCGCACUUGAAGUAGCACAGUUAAAACAGACGAGUGUUUAUGUUUUUAGUGGAAUGCAGUCAGACCAGCAGUUAAGCAGCAUUUUCCUGCUGCAUCCGGUUAUGAGCUUUAAGUUACUUCAGCUACACAGGCAGUGUAGGACUACAGCAAAAAGAAAAAAAAAAAAGGCUAUGUUUGCACCAAUCUGUUACAACUAGUUACUCCAUUUAUGUCAUGCAAAUGUCAAUGCACUGUUGUGAAAAAUCACAUUUUAUUUCUAAGUCUGUCUGCAUGUAAAAUACAAAAGUGCUUUUAGCAAUCAUAGACUCUUGUUUGUUGUCAUCAUGAUUUACAUGUAAAAUACAACUCUUUUAGAACUUAUGUUAAAUCUUUGCUUUGAGUUGCUGCUUAGAAAACUUUUAAACAACAGCUGGGAUGCUGUAUUACAUUUCUUCUGCUUUUACAGUAAAUCAAAUGUAGGAUUUUUAAUUACUCAAAGAAUCCAUUUGAUUUGAAUUUUACUUCUUCUUCUUAGGUAAUAACCUACCUAUUUAAAUGCUUCACUUGUACUGUGUACAAUAUUGUCUUCAAUCAAGAUGUGCCUUCAACUUCAAUGAAAUGAUUGCCAAGUGAAUACAACAUAUUGUAAAAAUGUUGCAGAGGAUAAUAUUUAUGUGAUCAUUAAAUAAAGUGGACAACAUUAA